AUGAUCAGGAACAAGUUUCAGCAGCAGCAGCAGCAGCAGCAGCCACACCCUGACUCAGCGCAGGAAGACGCUCCCACCUGCUGGUCUUACUGGUUUUACUGGGCCCGCCGCGCGGCCGACGGGGCGGCCCAGGUGGUGCUGGUGCUGACCGACGGGCGCUCGCAGGACGACGUGGCCGAGCCGGCCCAGGCGCUGCGCAUGGCGGGCGUGGAGGUGUUUGCGGUCGGCGUUCAGGACGCGGUGGACUGGGAGCUCAGAGAGCUGGCCGGCCAGCCACAGGAAACUCACAUGUUCAGUGUGGACUCCUUCCUCAAGUUGCGGGAUAUAAUUCAAGAUUUGGUAGUGAGUGUGUGUGGUGCAGUGACCCGGGUGGGGGGCCCUCCGCUGGCCAACGAGGCCCCGGUGGCUGGACGAGGGACAGCACCAGAUUCAUCUGACCUAAUAUUCUUAAUUGAUGGAUCACUGAACGUUGGAGCAGCUAACUUCCCCUAUGUGCGUGAUUUGGUUACGAGAAUCGUUGAGCGCCUGUCUGUGGGCAGGGACGGCAUUAGGGUGGCCUUGGUCCAGUACAACGCCGACCCACAAAUAAAGUUCUAUCUGAAUAGCUAUUAUGAGAAGUCGUCGGUCCUGGAGGCGGUGAAGGGCCUGAGCUUCUCGGGCGAUGAUGAGUCCAACCUGGGGGCGGCCCUGGAGGAGGUGGCUGACAGCCUGCUGGGCGAGUCGGCCGGAGGCCGGGCAGAGGAGGGCGCGCCCCAGGUUUUGGUGGUCAUCAGUGCCGGAGCGUCCAGUGACGACACCGGCGCCGGCCACCGGGCCCUCAUCAGGGCCGGCGUGGUCACUUUAGGGGUGGCGGUCGGUGCCGAUGCUGCUGCAGAGCUGGAAGAGGUGGCCACAGAUAAAAGCUUUGUGCUGAAAGCUGACAGUUUCAGAGAUCUGACCUCCGCUGAUGAUAAUCUCUAUGGCUACAUUAACGGCUUGGCGACGCGCUCCAUUAUAUUUCAGAAUGAAUUCACUGAAGAAUAUUUCAAGUUAAGUUGCCCUGAAAUAACAUUUGUGUUUUUGUSCUUUCCUUUAGUGGUGAUCACCACGGUGCAGACGCAGAGAGUGUUUCGAGACAUCGUGUUCCUUGUGGACGGGUCAAACUACGUGGGGAGCAACAACCUGCCAUUUGUGAGAGACUUCAUGAUCAACAUCAUCAAUCAGCUGAACAUAAGUCCUGAGCAGGUCCAGAUUGGACUCAUGCAGUUCGCGGAGCGGCCGAGGAUUGAAUUUUACCUGAACACCUACAACAACAAGAGAGACGUCGUGGACAAAAUCUCUCAACUCAGGCUGACUGGAGGCUCGGUGCUGAACACUGGAGCUGCCAUGAAUUACGCCUUGAACAACAUGUUCCAGACAUCAGCUGGGUCACGCAAACUGCAGAACGCCGUGCAGGUGCUGAUCCUGAUCACUGGUGGCCCCCUGCAGGAUGACGCUGGCAGCGAGGCUGACAGAUUGGCUUUGGGAAAUGUUUUGACUUUUACAGUGAGUUCUGGCCAAGCUGACCAAGGAGAAAUGGAAAAGAUUGCCUUUAUUMMCAGCCUGGCCUAUCACAAACAGAUAUUCUCUGAGUUACCAGCCUUGGCCGAUGAUAUCAUGCCGAAUCUAAUAACUGUGGUUGGUGACACAGUAGUUGAUCAAACAGAGGUUGUUAUUACUGGAAGUGAACGAGAUGUUGCCUUCCUGAUUGAUGGGACUGACGGUGUUCGAGGAGACUUUCCCUACAUCCGGGAYUUUAUCCUUAAUGUGAUUGAACCACUUGACAUUGGGUUCGACAAAGUACGCGUCUCUGUGGUUCAGCACAGUGAGAAACCCACCCCGGUCUUCUACCUCAACACUUAUCAAACCAAACAGGAGGUGAUAAGAGCUAUUCAGGGGAUGGAUCUGGCUGGUGGACGCAGCCUGAACACAGGAGCCGCUCUGAGAUACAUGAAGGCCACCGUYAUGUCUGACAGCAACGGCAGCCGCGCUGCUCAAAACGUCCCUCAGUUUCUGAUUGUUUUGGCUGCAGACAGAUCCAUGGAUAGCGUAAAGGAACCYGCUGGGGAACUGAAGACGGACGGAGUUGUACCGUUUGGUGUCGGUGUCAAGAAUGCAGACAAGAAGCAGAUUGAGGCCAUAGCGCACAACCCUUCGUUUGCUUUCAAUGUGAAGGARUUCAGGGAACUGGAACCCAUACCACUGAGGAUCAACACCUAUGUUUCCCUGCCGAAGGACCAGCUUGAAGCCACCCUGCAGCAAGUGCAAAAUGAUGCUGUAAAAAGAGAUAUUGUGUUCCUGCUGGAUGGCUCUGAUAACACCAGAGACGGAUUCACAGACAUAAAGAGUUUUGUUAAGAACAUAGUGGGACRGCUCCAUGUUGACGAGGGCCUUGACAGAGUGUCUGUGGUUCAGUUUGCUGACAGACCCACGGUCGGCUUUCAUCUAAAUUCCCACAAGACAAAGAGCGACAACAUGAACGCCAUCGAUAACUUGGCGCACAAAGGUGGGAGGCGACUCAAUGUUGGUGCUGCUCUCCAGUUUGUGAGGCACAGGGUCUUCACGUCGUCCACGGGCAGCAGGAGGCUGGAGGGGGUGCCUCAGACUUUAAUCCUCCUCACUAGCCAACCGUCUGCAGACAGUGUGAAAGGACCAGCAUUUGCCCUGAAAGAGCAUGAAAUUGUGGCAGUCGGGGUGGGAGUGGCAGACGCUAACCUUGCAGAAUUGGAAAUGAUUGAAUUUAAACCUGGCUUCGCAUUCAGGGUCACUGACUUUUCCAGUUUAAACUCAAUCCAAACACAAGUUCUCUCUGCACUGAACAUACACCAAGACAAUCAGGAAACCAAGAAUGGGAUUUCUGACUUAGUAGUUGACACGUUCAGCAGUAAGAGGGACGUAGUGUUUCUCCUUGACGGAUCAGACGACUCCAGAAACGGGCUUCCAGCUUUCCGAGAGUUUGUCAGAAGAAUGGCAGAAGAGCUGGACGUUGGCAAAGAUGGCGUUCGGUUAGCUGUUGUGCAGUACAGUGAUGAUGCCACGGUUUACUUUAACCUGGCAACCCACCAAACCAAAAAGGCAGUUAUCUAUGCCAUCAGGGCGCUUCGACAUAAAGGAGGAAGAUCUCGUAACACCGGCGCUGCGCUGGAGUUUGUGCGAAAACAUGUUUUUUCGGCGUCCUCUGGCAGCAGGCGCCUGGAGGGAGUCCCUCAGGUCCUGGUCGUGCUGACCGGUGGUACGUCCAGUGACGAUAUCUCCAGCGCUGCUUUGGACCUGAAGCAAGUUGGAGUUUUUUCUUUCGUCAUUGGAAUAAAAAGUGCUGACCAGGAGGAACUUGAGAAAAUUGCCUCCUCCUCCAGGUUUCUUUUCAACUUUCCUGUCUUCAGUGAASUUCUGUCCAUUCAGCCUGAGAUGGCUGCAUUCAUCCAGACUGCAGYACAAACUCAGCCUCCUUCUGGCGUGGGUAAGAUUCACAGCCUCCCUGCUUGUUCCUGCUACCAGACUCUGCAGACUUUAAUGCCAAUGAAACUGCAUCAUCUUCUCAGAUCAUCAUCUCUUCUAGUUGAGCUAGAGUCUCCUGAAAGAGACAUUGUGUUUCUGUUGGACGGCUCCGAUGACACGCUGAGUGGCUUCCCAGCGAUGAAAACUUUUGUCCAACAAGUAGUAGAAACCCUCAGUGUUGGUGAAAACAAAGACCGUGUUUCUGUGGUUCAGUACAGCCAAGAUCAACAAACACAUUUCAGUCUGAACAGCUACACGGACAAACAAGCUGUUCUUAAUGCAGUCCGACAGCUGGACCAUAGAGGGGGCCAACCCCGAAAUACUGGUGCAGCUCUGGAGCAGGUGAGGAGGAACGCUUUCGCAGAAUCCUCAGGGAGUCGGCACAAGGACGGAGUCCCUCAGAUACUGAUUCUGUUGACUGGGGGGAGAUCCGCAGACGAUGUCACAAGAGCUGCUGCCGAUCUGAAAAAGGAAAAAGUUGUUCCUUUCUGUGUGGGAACAAAAACUGCUGACAUUUUAGAGCUYCAAUCGAUUGCUCAUAACCCGUCCUAUGCCUUCUCUGUUCUUACAUUUGAUGACAUUGGAAGCAUUCAUCAGCAGCUUGUGUCUUUGGUGCAAAGGGUCCCACGGCAACAGCCCAGAGAAAGAGCACUUAAUGUUUUAGGUUCCACGCAACAAAGAGAGUUCAUGCAACGAGACGUUGUGUUUUUACUGGAUUCCUCUGAUGAAAUGUUGAGUGACUUCACACAAGUGCUUGGCUUUGUUGAGCAGAUGGUGGAGAAACUCACUGUGAGUGAGAGGAAAGAUCAAGUUUCUGUGGUUCAAUACAGCAAUGAACCUUCUGUUGAGUUUCUCCUGAACACACACACAUCCCAGCASAGUGCUGCCGACAGCUUAAAAGCCRUCAGACACAAAGGAGGCAGGUUGCGCAACACAGGUGCAGCUCUGAAUUACGUCAAGGAAAAUGUUUUCACACCUUCCUCUGGAAGUAGACGCCAACAAGGAGUCCCUCAGACCCUGGUUCUUCUGACCAGCGGACGGUCGAAUGACGAUGUCAGGAACGCUGCAGAAAGCCUAAAAGAAAUUGGUGUGAUGAUGUUUGUGGUGGGAAUAAAGAAAGCAGACAUCCUUGAGAUGCAGUCCAUUUCCCAGGAAGCCAGUCGUGCUUUCYUUGCAGCAGAUUCCAGUGACAUGUCAGACACUGAACAAGAAAUCCUCACAUCCAUUCAGACGAGUAAGAAGUAUGUUGCCACAACAGCAUCAUAUGAUCCCAGCAGCAGAGACAUUGUGUUUCUGAUUGAUGGCUCUGAUGAUUCUCAGCGAAGAUUCCCAGACAUCACAGAUUUUGUCCAGAGAAUAGUGAGAGACUUGAGCRUUGGUCCCGACAGCGACCAUGUGGCUGUGGUCCAGUACAGCAGCACCGCUGAGAUUCAUUUUAACCUGAGUCGCUACGUGACUGAGGAUGACGUUCUCCAAGCGGUUGAUGGUCUGACUCACAAAGGAGGYUAUCCGAAAAACAUUGGAGCUGCUCUCCAGUAUGUGAGAGACUAUGUCUUUACUCCAGAGUCAGGAAGUCGGAUCCAGCAGGGCGUCCCACAGAUACUGAUCCUGCUGAGCGGAGGAAGAUCUGGGGAUGACAUAAGAACCUCAGUGAGGAUGCUAAAGGAAACGGGUGUUUCUAUAGUCGCCAUCGGGACUAGUGAUGCAGACACCUUAGAGCUACAGACAAUAUCUCAGGAACCCAGAUAUGCCCUCUCUGUUACUGACUAUGAAGAACUUUCCACUGUCAAGCAGGACGUGUUGUCUUUGUUGAGAGAGCCGUCCCAUCAUGUGGUGCAUUCAGUAGAUUUUGAUUCAAAGAAAGGUGAUGUAGUUUUUCUAAUUGAUGGCUCAUAUGACUCAAGAAAUGGCUUUGAAGAAAUUCGAGCCUUUAUUCAAAGAAUUGUUGAAAAUUUAAACGUGAGUCAUAACGGAGACCAAGUAGCUGUAGUUCAAUAUAGCCGUGACGCCACAGCUAAUUUCUACUUGAACUCCUAUUCAUCUAAGAGCGACGUGCUCAGUUCCAUUAGAACGAUGAGGCAUAAGCUGGGGCAGCCGCUUAACAUCGGUAAAGCGCUGGAGUUUGUCAAGGACCAUGUCUUUGCUGCGUCGGUGGGAGGCAGAGGAGCCGAUCUGGCUUCUCAGCAUCUGUACUUGUUUAGUGGUGGUAGGUCUGGAGAUGAUGUUAGAGGACCAGCACAGAYACUGAAAGCCAAGGGGAUAAAGACUUUGAGUAUUGGGACAAAGAAUGCCGAUACAUUGGAAAUGCAAACAGUGUCUUACACACCUGGACAUUAUUUUUAUGUUCCAAACUAUGAAAACCUGCAAAGAAUUUACACAUCUGUGGAAACCAAACUGAGGGACUCACAAGAAACCACUGAGUUCACAACUGACACUUCUACAGAUGUAGAAACAGAACAUCAGAAAGCUGAUAUUGUUUUCCUUCUUGAUGGAUCCGAUAACAUGAAACCAAACGAAAGACUAAUUUUGGGGUUUGUGACAGACUUUGUCAAGAAGUUAGAGAUUGGGCCAAGUAAAGCACAAGUUGCUUUGGUCCAGUACAGCACAGAGCCCACUGCUGACUUUACCUUGAAUAAAUACUCACUGAAGGAGGACACUUUGAAUCACCUGAGCAAUGUGAAACUGAAAGGAGGUGGCUCAGUAAACACCGGCAGAGCCAUUGAUUUUGUGAGGAAUACGGUCUUCACUGCUUCAUCUGGAAGCCGACUCCAGCAGGGAGUCCCACAGGUACUGAUUCUUGCAAGUGGGAGAAAGUCUGAGGAUGAUAUGUUMCGCCCAGUGGGAAUGUUAAAAAACGCUGGAAUUGUUCCAUUUGCUGUUGGAGUGGACAGUGCAGACAGGUUUGAGAUGGAGCAGUUUGCCCCAGGGGCCUGGUAUUUUCUCAAGGAGGCAUCUGAUUUUCCGCUGGUGAGACAACGGCUGUUGUCAACCACUGCCUCUCUCAGCGGCUCUGUAAGCCCAGGGGUUGGUUCAAGCUCCACAAUGAAAAGAGAUAUUGUAUUUCUUAUUGAUGGAUCUGAUGACGUCAGGAACACAUUCAGCACCAUUCGUGAAUUCAUUGCAAACCUGGUUCAAAGUUUUGAUCUAGACCAUGAACAGGACAAAGUUGCUUUGGUGCAGUAUAGCAACAAUGCUGAAAUCAGUUUCAGUCUCGAUUCCUAUGCCACAAAAGACGAUGUUCUCCAGCACAUUGCRAGCCUUAAGCCAAAAGGUGGCCGACCUCASUAUAUUGGGGCAGCUCUACAGUUUGUAAAAGACAAAGUUUUUGUCUCAAACGCUGGUGGACGAAAAAAUGAAGGUGCCAAGCAGAUACUUGUUGCAUUGGCCGGGGGAAGGUCCAGAGAUUCACCGCGGGGCCCGGCAACAGCACUAAAACGUGGGGGUGUUGUCAUAUUGGCAGUUGGAUCAAGACAGUCGAAUUCAGCUGAAAUGCAGGCCAUUUCAUCUGACACAGACUACACCUACUCUGUCCCUGACUUUGUAAAUCUGCCUCGUAUUCAACAACUUCUGAUGAGGCGUCUUACUGGAAUGAAGAGUCAGGAGACGACAGAAGGUAAGGGGGAAUGUUUAACCCCUGUAUGUAGAAAUGGGGUCCAACCGACCCCACACACGUAAAACUUGUAUCGUUUGCCACAGUCCUCUACGUUUGCCUCAGUCCUCGCACGCAGAAGGGUUAAAAGUCACAUAUAUACCGUGUUUCCCCGAAAGUAAGACAGUGUCUUACUUUCUUUUUAUCCCCAAAAGCCCCACUAUGUCUU